AGUUGAGUGGAGUGGCUCAAUGGCGUUGGGUCGCUAACGAUGAUACCUGUGGUAUUUGUCGAGUAGCGUUUGAAGCCUGCUGUCCAGAUUGCAAAUUUGCUGGAGACGAUUGUCCAUUGGUGUGGGGCCAGUGUUCACAUUGUUUCCACAUCCAUUGCAUAAUGAAAUGGCUCAACGCCCAGUCCGUAAACCAUCAAUGCCCGAUGUGUCGUCAGGAAUGGAAGUUCCGAGAGUAGACACAGAAAUUGUAUCGCCACUAUCGCUUUCAUAUGAUUCCGAUUUACCACCUCUUCCUGAAAGCCUUAGUCGCCUCAGCCUUAAUGAUGUACCGUCACAUAUUAAACCUGAAACUGCGCACCGUCGACCGUCCAAACCACCAGAUCAUACCAAUUCUCCUAAGCCAACACGUCAGUCUCCACAACCUAAUGAACAUUCCGAUAAACGUCCUACUGAAAAGCCACCUGUCCCUCCAAGGAAACCUUCAUCUGUAGACAUAAAACUUGCACAUCUUCGAAGUGAAAUGGGGAGUUUACGACAGAUGGAUUUGCAACUUUUAUCUCAAUUACGACAGCUCAACGAUUCUAUUAGUUUAUAUAGGCAGGAGUUAAUGAGUAUGGAUUCUUAUUCUUCAUCAGAUACAGAUGAAUCGGAUACCACAUCUGUAUAUUCUAAUGUUACGCCGAGUAGUUUUGAUUUAUCUCGUUCUUCAACACAGUCAUUGCCUAAAAGACCACCGACAUCAACGGAUUUGUAAACAACAAACAGAAUAUUUUCAAUGGCUGUUUAAUUAUAGCUGUAUAUAUUCAUAUUAUUAAACACAAUUUGUACUAAAAUUAAACUAUACUUAUUAAAAUAAAAAAAACU